AUGAAAGGACUUCGAUCAUGUUUUCACUUAUCUACGAGAUGCUUUAUACGACAUAAUCAUCAUUCUCCAAAGCAAUUGGAGUUGUUGCAGAAGAGGAUUGAAGAGAUCCCUCUCGAGAAUUAUCGAAACUUUUCAAUUGUGGCACAUGUCGAUCACGGAAAGUCGACAUUAAGUGAUAGAUUAUUGGAAAUAACAGGCGUGAUAAAACCCGGAGAUGCCAAUAAACAGGUAUUAGACAAGCUUGAGGUAGAAAGAGAGAGAGGUAUUACCAUUAAAGCUCAGACAUGUACGAUGUUCUAUCAUGAUAAGCGCAGUGCGAAGGACUAUUUAUUGCAUCUUGUCGAUACACCCGGCCAUGUUGAUUUCAGAGCAGAAGUUUCGAGGUCUUAUGCAUCAUGUGGAGGGGCUCUUUUACUUGUGGAUGCAUCACAGGGAGUCCAAGCCCAGACAGUUGCGAACUUUUACUUGGCGUAUAGUAUGAAUUUGAAACUUAUACCUGUUAUAAAUAAGAUAGAUUUGGACAGUGCCAAUAUUCCUCAAGCAGAGGGUCAAAUUGAAAACACUUUUGAGCUACCAGUGGAUGAAAUUGUUCGCGUAAGUGCGAAGACAGGAAUCAACAUAAAAGAAAAUCUUCUUCCGGCUAUUAUAGAUAGGAUACCACCACCAAAUGGAAAAAAAGAGAAGUCAUUCAGAGCUUUGCUUGUAGAUUCAUGGUAUGAUUCUUAUCUAGGUGUUGUGCUUUUGGUCUAUAUAGUUGAUGGCCAAAUCAAGAAAGGGGACAAGAUACUAAGCGCACAAACCAAUAAAAAGUAUGAAAUCAAAGAACUUGGAAUAAUGUAUCCUGAUCGAACUCCGCUGGGUACUCUAAGAACAGGACAAGUGGGAUACAUUGUUCCAGGUAUGAAAGACUCGAAGGACGCCAAAAUAGGCGACACCCUGAUGCAUGUAGGACGCGAGAAAGAAACCGAGAUUCUCCCUGGAUUCGAGGAACCGAAACCGAUGGUAUUUGUUGGUGCAUUCCCAGCUGAUGGUGCGGAAUUCAAAAAUCUUGAUGACGAUAUUAGCAGACUUGUAUUGAAUGACAGGUCAGUAAGUUUACAACGUGAAACAUCCAAUGCACUAGGACAGGGCUGGCGUCUCGGAUUUUUAGGGUCACUGCAUGCCUCUGUAUUCAAGGAAAGACUUGAAAGGGAGUACGGCUCCAAAUUAAUUAUCACGCAACCGACGGUACCUUAUUUGAUAGAAUUUACUAAUGGAGAUGAGAAAGUAAUUACGAAUCCUGAUGACUUUCCUGAUUUAUCACUUCGCAAAUCUAAAAUUCAAUCUCUGCAAGAACCAUUUGUAGAAGCCAUCAUUACUUUACCACAAGAAUAUCUCGGGAACGUCAUAAAACUUUGCGAAUACAAUCGAGGAAUACAAAUUGAAAUUACACAUUUGAAUAUGACCGAGCAAAUUAUGCUUAAAUAUCAUAUGCCUCUCGCUCAGUUGGUUGACGAUUUUUUUGGAAAGCUCAAGUCAGUUUCGAGAGGAUAUGCGUCUCUUGAUUACGAGGACAUAGGGUAUAAACCAUCAGACAUUGUGAAAUUGGAAUUAUUACUCAAUGGUAAAGGAGUCGAUGCACUGGCCCAGGUCAUGCAUAGAUCGCAAGUCGAUCGCGUUGGCCGUGAAUGGGUGAAAAAGUUCAAAGAGUAUGUCAAAUCUCAAUUGUACGAAGUGGUCAUUCAAGCAAGGGCUAAUAAUAAAAUUUUGGCCCGAGAAACCAUAAAAGCUAGGAGAAAAGAUGUCCUAGCAAAACUGCAUGCUUCUGAUGUUUCAAGGAGGAAAAAGUUACUGGUUCGCCAAAAGGAGGGGAAAAAGCACAUGAAGAGUGUCGGUAAUGUGCAAAUUGAGCAAGAAGCGUAUCAAGCAUUUUUACGUCGUUCUUAA